AUGCGCAGCUACUUAUUUACAAUAAUUGUCGAACAAGUGCACACUUUCACUCGCCUGGUUUUACUGCCUGCCCUGGAAGGAGCAGAAAGGCAUUUGAAGAUUGAUCGAGCUCCAGCAUUCCAACAAAAAAAUGGUGUUAACAGUGAGCCAUUGCUCGUGGAUGAUUGUUGUGCGGAAUGCUUAAGGCCAAAAAGCGCUCCUUUCUGCAGAACAAAUUCAGAGUGUGGGAAGAGGACGCCGAUUGCUGCUGAAGGCUCAUUCGAUGAGCCGCUUUCAGAAAUUGUCUACUGCACUGGCUGUCCUGAUGAGGUUUUGCACUGUCUCUCAGAUCUACGUCUUUUUUACUUGCACUUAUACGAGUUGUUUUUCUGCACGAGCAUAUGCUGA